AUGUUGAAGCACGCGUUGGGCGAGAAGAAGCACUUGCAAUUAUUUGUCACGUCGACCACCACAACGACUUACUCCACCAGCAGCUCUGUGAGCUCUUCGGUGACCUCCACCACCUCUACGCAAAGCCGGACAGUGCACUGCAGGUGCACAACACCUCACUUGAACUGA